AUCACUGUUUGAUGUAUUUAAUGAGGAAGGGGUAAGAAAUGAUGGAGAUACUGGAGUUAGACAUUUUGUUAUUAUUAAGGAGAUCAAUGAUGAAGAUUUAAAUGGUUUAGAGGAAAGUCAAGUAACUAUUGUAUGUAGUACAAGAAAAAAUAAGCAACCAUAUUUGCUGGAGUAUGUUGAGAAGGAAAGAAUAGGGAUUGAAAGAGACAGUGCAAUAGUUGGAGGUGACAUUGAGAGGAAAGAGCUGGGGUUGAAAGAAACAGUACAACAAUUGGGGGGUGAUAUAGAGAAUGAAAGAGUUGGGGCUGAGACAGACAAUGAAACUUCUAAUGGAUCUGAUUUUCAUGACAAUGAAUAUGAUGUAGAAGAAGAUGAUAAAAUGUUUGAGACUUAUGUUGACAUGGAUGUUGAAUGGGCAGGGUGUGACUAA